UUCAAGUAUGAUCGACGUUUACUGGUUGAAUCGACUGGUAAACUACAUCAGUUCACUGUACCAUUACUGAGUGGCUACAUGUGGCAACGUUGUUUGCUUCGCCUUUAACAUCCUCUAACGCCCUUAAAUCUUUGACCCGUAAAAACAACGUAAAACGAUUUAUAUCUUUACUUUCUUUCCCACAAACAUCUUAUAAUGAAAUUGUGUGCAUUGAUAAGAAGCUUUCAGUAUUUGCAGAGCCAGUUAUUUAGUAUAAAGGCAAUUUUAUUUGGCUUUUUWGGGAGCUAAAUGAAAUUACUGUUUUGACGGGCGACCCACUUAACCUCUAUGGAUGAAUGCGCUGCCAAAAUUCGCAUUCAAACCGUAGUUACAAACCAAAGCAAGCGUUGAGCCAUGAAAAUAUCGACGUGACUAUCACAACACUGGCAAUUUUAGGAAAAGAUUUGUUUAGUCUAAUAAUUUUCGUAAAAUUUCGCAAUGUUCUUUUGUGUGUAAAAUGUGAGAASGCAGCAUUUCAAGGGGUUUGCUUGAAUCCCUCUUCGAUGGCGGGAAAUGACUGAUAGACAGAGAUUAUACGUUUGUACAUGGAUUUUUGUGAUGUCUUGGAGUGUAUCACUGGGGAAACCUCUGAGAGAUGAAUAUCUUUUAAAUUCUUAUGAUGAAUUAAGUGGAAGCGGAAGUAGCCUGCUAACAUCAAAACAACUUGGCUCAAAAACAACUAAACCAGUAGCCUUUCUUUCAGAAGAACAAUACAUACACAAAAAGCAAUCACUGAAGCCGUUUUUUGAGUUUCUUUCUUACUACAAACGUAAAGUUUAUCCWGAUAAACUUGACAAGCAGCUCGUGGAAGCGUUAGAAAAUCACAUUGAGGAGAUAGAGCCACAGUUUCGGUCUGGCUCUUUCUCUCAGUUAUGGAAUGCUCUGCGCGUUCCUCUUACGGAUUUCUUUCGGCCAAGAAGCUCGAGUUUUCUUGUGGAAGAGCUUGACAAAUGUUUGCAUGGGAAUACCACACGUUUUAAUCGCUCAAAAUUAUCAGAUUCCGUUGAGAAUAUAAGACGAGAUUUGAUUAUCUGCAAAAUCGCACAAAUAUUAGAUGGACGUCGAUCAAGGCCAAGUUUAAAAGAGCUUUGGGGAUUAUUGCGAGGGCCUAUGACACCCUUGCUAAUAGCUGAUCUUAGAACAAUGGUCAGGGAGCUUGCGCAGUACGCGUCCAGGUUUGAAAUGGCGGGAAUUCUUUACCAGUUACCUGGCAAAAUGUCCGAUAUCCGUCGAGAUGUAGUGAUUUGUAAAGUGGACGAUGUCUUCAAUGCUGUAUACGAUACGAAUUUCAAAGAACUCGAGAGAGAUUUGUGAACGAUGAAAAUGAUUUUGUUAUUACAGAGCGUCGUGCGCUCCACUGCGUGAAAUAACAGGGAGUAAAAUAGUACGCCUUAAUGCGUGAACUUUGUGUUGUAUGAUAGACAGAGCUAAUAUGCAGCAAUGCCGGAGUCACUGUUAUGUUUUGAACUCGGGUGAAGUGCUGAAGUUUCAUAUUGCAUGAGUGUAAUAUUGGAAAAAAAAAGAAAUUGUAAAAACAAAUAAAUAAAACAAUGUUAAAYUAUGCAUACAUUGAAGUAGAAAAUGAGUCUUGUUUGCGAAAACGUAACUUGUUCGUAAAGGAGGUGGUCUGCGUUGAAAGUGAAAAGGAAGACAAUAAAAAGACGAGAAAGUCAUUUUUUUUACGCAGAUUUAUAAAAUUCUUAUCAAAAUAUCUUAAUUUUUCGACUAAAAUUCUUCAGCCACUGAUAUUUUGCAGUUUUUUUGUAGAAUUUCUGUAAAUUUCGCCAUUGUUUCGUUGUAGCGGUAACCCAAGGACUGUAAAGUGUUUUUUUUUUUCACCAUUCACUAUAGAUAACUAUAUAUAAAAACCCAAAUAGAAAAAAAACU